CCCGGCAACACCGACCUACUCAAGCCUAAGCGCGCGGUUCGAAAAUUCCUGUGACGUCACGACUUCUGGUCAUAAUAAACUUCGGAACGCAUGCAGUGGCUCUUUUCUGAUUGCUGAAGCUUCUUACGUUGUGCGAACGCUGAACCAGAAUACUUUGAUUUUUUUAUGGUUUUAAAGUUGGAUGUAUUUUAGAGAGGGAAACUACCCAACAGGACCAAAAGUGUCUGUAUUCUCCUUUCCUAAAAAUGAAGAUUUGAAAGAGAGAGUGGCUUUCUGCAAUCCAACGGAACGACUUUUCACCCAAAAAGAGUUCAAAGGUUUGUGAAUUGCAUUUCAAGGAAAGUGAUUUUAAAGUUGAAGCUUCAGCAUUUGAUUCUAAGAAUGGAAUUUUAAUUUCUGCUCCACUUCAGGUGCGUAGAUUAAAAGAAAAUACAGUGCCAUCGAUAUUUAAGGACUAUCCAUCUGUAUACAGUUCAAAAAGUAGCACCAUUGUACGAGAAGAUCCUGAUGCAAAAAAAACUGCCCGCUAGUGCCAUAAUUUACAGAAAGCAUUGCGUGAAAGCCUUAAAGAAUAUGAAAUGUAUAAUAAUGAUUUGAAAAUUAAUUGUUCUAAUGAUAUUUUGUCAUGUAUUGAUCGCUAUGGAAUAUCAGCAUUUUGGCAUGUAUACACAGUUCCAGAUACCUCAACUGUUUGCUUUAUUCAUAUUGUUUUUAGUCCUGGGCCAUCAAUUGAUUAUUCUGUAGUUGUGAAUGACAAUCAAGAAAUGUCUGUAUUUAUUAAAGAAAAAUCUAUUAUGCAAUUAUCUCCUUACACAUUCCCACAUAAAGUUACAAAUUUUAAUGAAAUUAGGACUGUUUUAGAUAAAUUGGCUAAUCUUCAAACCAAAGAGUUAAAUUCAAAAUUAACCAUAACAAUUGAUAUAAUUAAUGAAUUACUGCAAACUAUCUCUAACAACAAAAAUGAGAGCAUUAUUAAAUUUUUGCAAGACCAGAUGAAUCUUUUACUUUGCCCUAAAAAUAAUUUUAGAUUGUUAAAUACUAUAUUACCACAUGCAUAUAAAUUUUUAAGGGAUAGUGGCAAUAUUAUUAUGCCUCAUCCUUCGACUUUAAAAAAAAUUUGUAGCAAUUUAGUAUUGUCACCGUGUAAUGAAACUAUUGCUGAAAAUUUUUUUAAAUAUAUAAAAAAUCGUGUAACUUUCCUUGAGGAUCGAGAAAGAAAAGUGAUUCUUUUGGUAGAUGAAAUUUAUGUUCAGCCAUAUUUUGAUUACAAAGGAGGCUCUGUCGUUGGGGCUGCAUUUGAUUCUUCCAGUCCGGCAACCAGUGCAUUUGCUUUUAUGAUAUCCAGUUUGGAAUCUUCAUUCAAAGAGGUAGUACAUAUUAUGCCUGUUAACACAAUAAAUUUUGAAACAUUACAUUAUGUAAUUAAAAAAGUGAUUAGAGGUCUUGAAAAUAUGGGAAUUAUUGUUAUUUGUGUUAUUACAGACAACAAUGCAAUAAAUAGAAAAGCCAUGAGUUUGUUUUCAAAUCCACCACGUAAUUCAUUUGUUUACAAACAUCCAAUGAAUGGGAAUAGGCCUCUUUUCUACAUAAUAGAUGCAGUUCAUUUAUUUAAAAAUAUAAGGAACAAUUGGCUGAACCAGAAAAAUCCUGGUACAUGUAUGUUUUUUCCAAAUAUUGAAGGUCUUUCAAAUAAGCACUUCAAAACUGCUUCGUUUAUGUCUUUGAGAAAGCUACAUGAAAUUGAAAAUGACCAACUGAUUACAUUUUCUAAUGGUUUAACUCUAAAAAGUCUUUCACCUUUUAAUUUAGAGAAACAAAACAUUAAACUGGUUCUUAAGAUUUUCAAUAAAUUUACUAUUGAAGGUCUGAUUCAUUUGGGUCCUUUGCAUGAAAUACCACACUAUUCAGAUACAUCUGAGUUUAUAUCCAUAAUAUGCAAAUGGUGGGAUAUUAUGAAUGUUAAAACUAUGUUUAAAGGUAUACAUCAAAAGAGUGAAUUUAUGAAGCCAUUAACAGCAGAUGAUUCUGAUCCAAAAGUAAUUUUCCUCAAUCAGUUUCUUAACUGGUUAGAUGCAUGGGAAUCAAUGAAAUGUUCAACAGGCAUGCUUACAAAAGAAACUCAUGCAGCUCUCAAACAAACUACUUAUGGUAUACUGGAGUUGACUAGAUAUUGUGUUGAAGAGCUUGGAAUGAAAUAUAUACUUCCAGUCAAAAUUCAGACUGAUGCUCUUGAAGCCCGGUUUGGUAAAUACAGACAACUUUCUGGUUCUCAGUAUCAUAUUUCAAUGAGACAGUUAUUAGAAUGUGAAAAAAAAAUUAAGAAUACAAUCAAGUAUUAAGUUAGAAUUGAUUGUUAAAAAUACUACUGUCCCUUUAACAUCAUUUGAAUAUGAUGAUAAUCUUCAUGAUAUUAUAGAAUUAGAUAAUACAGUAUAUUACCCAUCAUUAAAUAUUACGGAGAGUGAUGUGAAGGGCAUUAGUAGCCAUCUGCCAGUUCUGACUUAUUUGGGUGGUUACUGUUGUCAUGCAGUUUUAAAGAAAGUAAAAUGCUGUAACUGCAAACAAAACAUUACAAUAAAUUCCACAGUUAAUCAUGAUCAAACGUAUGAUCUUAUAAAGAAUCUUGAUCGUGGUGGACUCAGGUGGCCAAAACCAUUUAUUGUAAAUAUAAUUAUGUAUAAUUAUUUAAUUGUAAAUAAGCUGUGUAGUGAAGAAUAUAAAGAUUUUUUGUUGGAACAAAAUCAGAGGAAAAUUGUAGCAAAUUUGACUUUUAAAAUUUUAGAAUUAAAAGAAAUGCUCUUUGAUGAUAUUAUUUGUGAUAAUGGUCAUACAAAAGUAUAAGCAAACUGAUAAUUUGGAUAUCAACAAAUAUCAUGCUCAAGAAUCUUUGCAAUAGGAAAAAUGACGAUAUUAAGUCCAAUAAAGAAAAAAAAAAAAACUUCAGACACUUGCAAAGUAACAUUGAUGCUGUCUUUAAAAGUAAUUUUUUAAAGUUCUCUCAAGCUGCAUCUUUGCUAAAUAUCUAUGUGUCAUCUUUGGUGAGCAGCUGAGAUUUAAGAAGCAUGUUUGUUAUACAUUUAAAUUGCUUUAUACCAAAAUUUAUUUUGGACUUGUAUAUAUUAUUCUUUGCUUAUUUAACCAAGUUUUUAAUAUUACUCAAGAUUUUAUAUAAUUUUUAAUUUGUUUUAUACUAAGUUACUUCUCAAGGUCCUGAAAUUUCUAUAUUGUAUUUACAAGCGCCUUUGCUAAAUAUCUACGUGUCAUCGUUGCUGAGCAGCUGAGAUUUAAGAAGCAUAUUUAUUAUACAUUUAAAUGCUAAAUAUCAUAAUUUAUUCUGGACUUGUAGAUAUUAUUCUUUGCUUAUUUAGUUAUUUAACCAAGUUUUCGGUAUUACUGAAGAUUUUAUAUUAUUUAAAAUUUUCUUUAUACUCAGUUACUUCUCAAAUUCCCAAAGUUUCUAUUUUGUAUUUCAAAUGUGUUUCUUAAAAUGUUCGUCAUUAUUUAAGAUUUUGUAUCCUGCAAUUACAUGGCAUAAUCAUAGUGUAGUAGUGUAGAAAGAACAUAUUACAUGGCAUAGUGUAGUAGUGUAGAAAGAAGACAAAUUCCAUAAUGUCUUCUUUCUGCACAAUCUAACUCUAAUAUUUCUAUUUAUGCAAUAAUUGUAUGGACUCUUUCUGGAUAGUACUACAUGUUCAGCUCAAGUAAUAUUUGCUCUUCACAUUAUUCACAGUGAAUAAGCACAAAUCAAUCUACUAAUAUACCCGUGUGGUGACCGGGUGUGAAAGAAUAGUCCCAAUGUAGCUCAUACAUGUCGUAAAAGGCGACUAAAAUGGGUACCCAGCGUCUGGGGGUAUAGCCGGGCACCCUGCCCCUGGGGAUUAUAUCAGGGAACUGGUCCUCCAGGUUGGGGGUUGGGUGUGGGGCUAACUACCCCACCCCAUAAAAAAAUCUCACUGUUAAGAAAUCCAAAGAUAGAAUUAGCCGGACUGCUUCUACUGGAAAACGACUUGGAAAUGGCCUAGGGACUUUUCGUUUUGGAACAUGAAAAAUAAGCAAACAGACUAAAAGUUUGAAAAGUUAUUGAAAUAAUUAAAUAAAGAAUGAU